UAUUUUAUUUAGUUAGGAAGUAAGGUGGAGGCAGACAUGAGGAGUUGUGUGGUGUUUUUAUUUGUGAUUGCGGGAGUGUUUGCGCAAACUGAAGAUCUAUUUAAGCUGAAUAUUAUACAUUAUAAUGAUUUUCAUGCUCAUUUUGACGAGGUUACGGCGUCAUCUGGGAGCUCAUGUAUAAACCCAGACGAUGAAUGUAUCGGUGGUUUCUCCCGGCUUUACACGGGGAUACGACAGGCGUUGGAAGCUGAACCAGACUCUUUAGUACUAAAUGGGGGAGACACCUUCCAAGGAACGGUCUGGUACAACUUCAUGCGAUGGAAUGUCACGCAGCACUUUAUGAAUUUGCUGCCUAAGCAUGAUGCUCAUGUACUAGGUAACCAUGAAUUCGAUCACGGUAUCGAAGGAUUACUGCCAUACCUGUACCAUUUGGAUGCUGUUAUGCUUGGAGCUAACGUAAACACAACUUUCGAGCCUGAAUUAGGGCAAUAUAUAAAGAACCAUGUGAUUGUUGAAAGGAAUAACCGCAAAAUUGGAAUCAUCGGUAUUCUGUUACGUACGUUUUCAGCAGACAUAGGACGUGUUAUAAUGGAAGAUGAAUUAGAAGCAGUUAAUCGAGAAGCUGCCAUAUUGACAGAACAAGGUGUAGACAUUAUAAUUGUACUUUCACAUGUGGGAUAUGAUAGUGACCAACGAUUAGCAGCUAAUAUGUCUCCAGACGUAGACAUUAUAGUUGGAGCGCAUUCCCAUACAUUAUUAUUCACUGGGGAAGCCCCUGAUGGUACACCCGCAGGGGAUUACCCUACCGUUGUCACGCAGAGCAAUGGGCAUAGAAUACUGAUCGUCCAAGCAUCUUGCUACACACGUUACUUGGGAGAUAUAACGUUGUACUUUGACAAUCAAGGCAAAAUAGUGUCGUGGGAUGGUCAUCCUAUAUACCUCGGAACCUCUAUCAUAAAAGAUGCUCGCAUGGAAGAACUACUAGAUGAAUGGCGUGCAGAACUAUACCCGAUAAGCCGCGAAGUCUUAGGCCGUUCCUUAUCAUUACUCAACCGCGCACGUUGCUUCCGAGGAGAGUGCAAUCUUGGUAGCUGGGUUUGUGAAGCUUUCCUUGAACAGAUGAUAUCAAAGGCAAGCGGAGAUAAUUGGAACUACGCACAUCUUUGUAUGAUCAACGCAGGCGGCGUGCGUGUAGCUAUUGAAGCAGGAAACAUCACAACAGAAGCACUAUUGAUGGCGGUGCCGUUUGAAAAUAAGGUGCAAGUUUACGAUUUAAAAGGGAAAUACAUUCUGGAAGCUAUUGAGUUUGCUCUCGGAGUGCAGCAGACUAACCCCACUAGCUUCUACAGCAGUCGGAUGUUACAAGUCGCUGGCAUGCGUAACGUAUACAACGCAUCAGCGCCAAUCGGAUCGCGCAUAGUAUCUGCGUCAGUGCGCUGCAUCGACUGCGGCGUGCCGCGCUACUCGCCGCUCGACCCGCACGCCACCUACCGGGUGCUCACGCAGGACUAUAUUGGCGAUGGCGGGGGCGGGUAUUCGAUGUUAUCCCAAAACAGAGAAAACCUUCAAAUCUACGAUACAGAUUAUAAAAUUCUUCAGGACAACAUGCGUAAAAAUAAAAUCAUUUUCCAAGAUCUCGAUGGUAGAAUCCAAAUUGUGUAUUAAACUUAUUUUAGAAAUAAUAAAAAAUAUAUUUAUUUGUAUAUUUUAUUGUUAUUAUAUUUAUGUGAACAGUUGUCUGGUUACGUUAAUUAAAUAGUAUCAUUAUGUAAA